AUGACUGGAAACGUGAACAUCUUGAAAUUUUCAGAUCAUUCCACUUCACACUGGUACAACAGACUUGAUGUCCGGUCUACUAGAAUUGAAGACCUUGCAAACAGUGCUGUGGCACGAUAUCAACGGCGAAUCGAGGAAGUUCGACGACUGAUUAACAAAAAGCCAUCUUCCCCAAUGAAAACAAAAAGAUAUAAGUGCAUUGAAAUUACUGAAGAUGAAAGCGAUGGUUCUUCUAAUCUAUGGCCAAAAGACAGCGAAGUAAGCAAAGAAGCUAAGGACGAAAUGGGGAACGAAAAAAUUGUUAGAGAAGAUGAGCUAGACUUUGAUGGUGAAAACGGGGACGAAAGUUUAAACCAUGUAAGACCAUCAGAUUCUGUAAUGCCAAGGGCUCGGCCAAUUCCUGCGGCCAACAGUUACGAAAAGUCACCAAUACAGAAUUCACAUCCUGUUAUACAUAAUCCAAAAAUACCAGUCUCUGAAAACCCACGAAAACCAGUCGUUUCUCAGCAAUAUCUAGCAGACCAGUAUGAACAAGCAAGGGAGCAAAACCUUGUACAGCCAGUAUUACCUGCGCCAAGAAUGGUUCAAAUGCCAGUGCAACAACCACUACCACCUCAAAAACCACCACUUAUUUUGUCACCACAACACUGCUCAAUGGUAAUACCUAUCUCAUCACGACCUUAUAACGACUGA